AUGUCGGCCGAGAGCAUACUUGGCCUCACAGAAGAUUUGCUUCCUGCCAAUAAAAGUGGGAGAUCAACCAUUAAAAUUGGUGCAAGCAAACCAGAAAGAGAAAAAACAGACACUAUUAUAUCAAAAUCUUUUUUUCGAGAUAAAACUGUGUACAUCAAUUUAACAGACACAAAGAUAAUAGAACGAAUUCAAAACUCUCUUACGCAGCUUAAUGUGAAAAUUAUCAGAGAUAUGUUAUUGGCCGAAAUUAUUAUCUCACCAACACCCGUGAAACUUAAUCUUCCUAAUCCUAAUUCAUCGCGUGGUGCUCUUUUACUUAAAAAUGCAAGUAUAAUUCAUGAAUUACCAAAAUUGGUUUUACUAAAACAAAUCCCUUGGGCAGUUCGCGAGUACGAGCCAGAGAAAUUCAUAAAUGUUAACGAAUUGACCAUUGUUGCAGACUUAUUUUCGAGAUACAGACCAAACUUUCAAAGAAAUUCACACAAUCCUAAAAUUCACCUUGGCUAUGUUCCAAAAGGAUAUACAAUUACACCAUUUGAACAAAUUCCAACAGAUAUCGAACCAACUAUGAAAAGAAUUCAAUCUCAUCUAAAACCAAGGGAUGAAGCUGAUUAUGUGAAAGGUCCACAAGAUGGCGAUUAUUGUGAGAUAUGUGGCUGUUCAUUCCAGAAUGCAGAACAGCAUCACAACUCUCCAGAGCAUAUAUAUAAUUCGACAGAUCAUGUUUGGGAAGAUUUUGAUUGUCUUGCAAAUCUUACCACACAGAAGAAAUACCAAAAACUCUUUUAA